AUGGUGAGAAAGACUAGUACGCCAUUAACGGCUUCUACAGUGCUCUACGUGGGACAAUUGCCAUAUGAGUGGGACGAAAAUAUAAUUAAAUCGGUGGUUUGUGGAUCCGGAAAUGUCGUAGACGUUAGACUAGGAUUUGACUACGCCGGUAAGAAUAAGGGAUUUUGUUUUGUCGAAUACCAAACACCUCAAGAUACUCAAAAGGGAUUACAAUUAUUAAGUCAAAUAAAGCUUUUAAAUAGCCAGCCAAAUCAAAAGGGUCAAUACAAAAAAUUAAGAAUCGAGUUGUCGAAAGAAGGAUUGAGGUCAAAUGGACCUUCGGAUUAUAAACCAAUAUUAACGUUAGAUAGGAAGUAUUUGCCAAAUACUGUCCAGUUACCUCCAGAGAUGUUAUAUAAUGGUCCGCCAGUUCCUGCUAAUAAUGGGAAUUUAACUCCUACAUCGACAUUCACCCCACCAAUGAAUCAAUUUCAACCACAAUUAGCUCCACCACAACUGCAAAACAAUCAGUUCAACAAUAACGGCUCACAGAUGCCGUCGAACUAUUUAUCGACAUCACAAGGGUUACCACAGCCCUCUAAUUUACCAUUUGCCAUUCCAGACAAAAUUAAUGAGACAUUAAGUCAAAUUCCUCCUGCACAACUUAUCGAAUUGAUUUCAAAUCUCAAGAGUAUUUUGAGCGGUCCUAAUGCCAAUAGAGCAGUAGAUGUUUUUCAAUUAUCACCACAGUUAGCUACUGCUGCAGCGCAAGCCCUAUUACUCAUGGGCUUUAUUGAUGCGGAUGUCAUAUCCGAAUCUAUGAAAUCUACUUCAAACACUCCGGCUUCUCAGCAACAGCCAAUGCAAACGCCAAUGCAAUCGUCAAUGCAAAACCAAAUGCAAAACCAAAUGCAAAAUCAGAUGCACAUGCCUCAAAUUCCACAACAACCAUCAUUAUCGCAAAUACCUAAUGUUCAACACAUGUCAAAUCCUUACGGCCAACUCCAGCAACAGCCACUGCUUCCUCCUACACCGCAAACAUCUAGGUGGCCACAUUUGCCUCCACAGGCUGUUGCAAAGUUGUCUUCUAUGGCGCCGGAUCAAGCAGACUUAAUUGCCCAAGUUUUAUCGUUACCAGUCGAUCAAAUUCGCUCUUUACCUCCAGACAAGCAAAUUAUGGUAACUAAUUUAAGAGCUCAGUACUUAUAA